UUUACCGUAUCCACCUUGAUACUCACCUUCGAUUCCGAUUCGACAACAUCACAUACCAGUUCUGUUCUCUCCCAUUUGGGCUUUCCACAGCAUCGAAGACAUUUACCAAAUGCAUGGCACCAGUGUCUGGCUACCUUCGACUCCAAGGAUUGGACCUAUCCGAUGAGGCGUGAGAUGCAGGAGAUUUUACCUGGGUUGUUCUUGGGCCCAUAUUCUUCGGCUAUGAAAAGUAAGCUACCUAUACUUCAGAAGCAUGGAAUUACCCAUGUAAUAUGCAUACGACAAAAUAUUGAAGCAAACUUUAUUAAACCAAACUUCCAGCAAUUAUUUAGGUAUUUAGUCUUGGAUAUUGCAGAUAAUCCCAUUGAAAAUAUAAUAAGAUUUUUCCCAAUGACUAAGGAAUUUAUUGAUGGGAGUUUACAGACUGGAGGAAAAGUUCUUGUCCAUGGGAACGCUGGGAUUUCUCGAAGUGCUGCCUUAGUUAUUGCAUACAUUAUGGAAACCUUUGGAGUGAAGUACAGGGAUGCCUUCACAUAUGUGCAAGAAAGAAGGUUUUGUAUUAAUCCCAAUGCUGGAUUUGUCCACCAACUUCAGAUCCACCGCUGCUCUACAAGUGGUGGAGAUAAGAGACACUUAUUUCUGGAAUACGAAGCCAUCUAUCUAGCAAAAUUAACUAUCCAGAGGAUGUCACCUCGGCAGUUGGAACGAUCACUCUCUGUUACUACAGGAAGUCUAAAACGGAGUCAUGAAGAGGAUGAAGAAAUCUCCAGUAUGCAACCUGCAGCUCAGAACGGUUGACCUAAGGGCACCGUGGACUCAUGGCAGCUGCAGAUCUCAGCAAGAGGAAUGGCCAGAGCUGAUGAUGUUUUUUAUAUGGGAGAAUAGUCCAACUUCUUUAUGCAAACCUUGCCCCGCCAGUAGCAUACAAGGCAAAAUUUUAAAAGGUAUUUUGGAUCAUCCCUUGACUGUCUAGAUGGCACUGAUUGUUUUAUUCCAUUUUUUUUACACUUUAUAGUUUUAUCCUAAACCAAGACUUUGGACUUGCAAAGAGGUAUUAUUGCAAUAAUGCACUUUUCAUACUUGAAAUUUCUUUAUUUGUAUUGAUAAAAGUUAUUACUUAAGCAAAACGUGAGUUGGGGAGGGAAUUAUUUGUUUACAAAGUUUUGUGUAAUUUAUAACAAGAGUCUUUAGUAAAAAAAAGAAAAGGAAUGAAAAAAAAACCUUAAAAUUCA